UCCCCACCUGUCGCGAGUGAUAGGUAUAGAACCACGACCGUCAUUUAUCAUGCAGGUUAUGCUUAUGCAGUGCUUUCUUGAUUUUCACCGUGGUAAUAGCACUGCUCGUUUUUUGGCGCCAUCGGGGGACCAACGCUCACUUGUUUCACUUGUUGAUCGUCGGUCGUAAUCUUCUGCUUCUUUUCUUGUAUUUUUUUCAUUCCUUGAUUUUGCCGCUGGACUGUGGAGCUAGUGGUGUUGGGGAUUGUGUGGUUUUUGGAUUGUUGUUUUUCGAUGAUGGUGGUGGCAAUGUCGAGGUGCGUCGUUGGUGAAUUUUCAGUUUUGGAAAUUUUGGAUUUUUAACUGGAGUACUCUUAGUAUGUCAGCUAGUCAAUAAUUUUAGGUUACCCAUCCCGGGUACAAUACUAUGGGACUAUACAAGCAGUACUUCAGGUUGUCCCAAUAUGCCAAAAAUCAAGUGCUGGGGAUCGAUCCAAAGAAGCUCGGCAAAGAUGGCUUACCAAUACAAAUGCUCAUAUCACAACAUUUCAGUCACUGUCGACUGGCAGUCAUCUUAAUAGGAAUUUUUACAUUAGCUGUAGGUAUAAUAUUGUCGUCCAUUCCAUGGCUAGAUUAUAUUAUUUUGAAGAAUUUAAAGCUGCGGGAUGGAUCACUUAGUUUCCACUAUUGGCAAAAGCCCGGUGUGAUAAGACUUACAAAAGUUUACAUAUUCAACGUAACCAAUCCGGAUACGUUUCUGGCAUUAGGAGAAAAACCAAAAUUACAGGAAAUUGGGCCGUUCGUUUAUAGGGAAGACAUGGAAAAAGUGAACAUCAAAUUUCACGAUAACGGUACAGUGUCGUUUCAGCACAAGAAAAUUCUUCAGUUCGUUCCUGAGCUCUCUGUCAAUAAGGAUGAGAAAAUUGUCGUACCGAAUAUCCCGCUAUUGACUUUGUCGUCCCAAUCCAAUAACAUGGGUUAUUUCGUGCAGAAAACCAUAUCCGUCAUACUGAGCAUGGGGUCCUUCAAACCCUUCGUCACCCUCACUGCUAACGAACUAGUUUUCGGUUAUGACGAUAAAUUGGUGGCCCUUGCCCAUCAGUUCUACCCCAAAAGGAAGAGGCCUGCCGAAAAGAUGGGAUUGCUCAUCAAUAGAAACGGCACCCUUCCCGAGGUUCACAACAUCAACACGGGCGCCACCGGAAUGCACGAAUUCGGCCUCAUCACCCGAUUGGCCGGAAAGGACGUGCUGCCCUUCUGGAAGGAUCCGCCCUGUAACGAUUUGGCCGCGAGCGAGGGCAGCUUCUUCCCGCCCAGGUACUACACCAAUGCCGAUAUCGUCAACAUCUACGACAAGGACUUGUGCCGGAUUCUGCCCAUGCAGUACCGAGGACCGGACUCCAAACACGGUAUUUCUGCGGAUCUGUACACGCCGACAGACAACAUCUUCGAAUCAGUGGACAAAUAUCCGGAAAAUAAGUGCUAUUGUCCCGGAAACGAAUUCUGCCCUCCCAAAGGAUUGCAGAAUAUCAGCCCGUGCCAAUUCGAUGCCCCUGUAUAUUUGUCGUUUCCGCAUUUUUUCGAGGCCGACCCAACUUUGGCCGAACCUUUCGAAGGUUUGAGUCCGAAUAGGGAAAGGCACCAAAGCUACUUCAAAAUCCAACCUAAACUGGGAGUUCCCAUCGAAGGUAAAAUUCGUGCUCAGCUGAAUUUGAAAGUUGAACAUUCGCCGUACGUAGCUCCGGCCAAAGAUUUUCCUAGCAUAAUUUUUCCAAUCAUGUGGGUAGAAGAGGGAAUAGACGACAUCACACCUACCAUCAGGAGGUGGAUCUAUCUGGCCACCACUUUCGCCGAUAUAGCUUGCCCGCUAAUGACGUACGGAUUCAUAUUUCUGGGCACGUGCGUCAUCCUCGGCGUCAUCGUGAACGCCUACAAGUCAUUGGUGUUCACAAAAGAAACCAUCGAAAUAGGUAUGAGGAAUCUGCGCAGGCGCAGUAGCGCGUACAUCUACAGUUCGAAUAGGUUCAUAUCAAGGAGAGACACCUACACGUUAUUAGAUCUGAACGAGGAAGAAGAUGGUACCGUUUGAGAUAAGACU